AUGUCGGGCAGCGAGACUUACAGCGAGUCUGAUGCCAGCAUCAUCAAUAAAGAAGAUGUGAGCAACUACAACCCUGACAAUAUCCUUCCAGUAUCGAUAGAGGAGAUCAAGAGAAUUCGAGAGUGGCUGGAGCCAACUUCAUACGCCAUUGCUGGCGGCGAUUUCCGCAAGCAUCUCGCAUCCCACUCGCCGGGGACCGGACAGUGGCUUACUUCCACUGAUGAAUAUCGGCGAUGGCUUCAAGGAAAUGAAUGCGGCCUGCUCUGGGUAAAAGGUAUUCCUGGGUCAGGGAAAUCUGUUCACGCUGCCAAAUUGAUUGAUGACCUCGGCAAGGCGAACCCUAGCUGCCCAGUGCUGUUCUUCUUUUUUCGACAGAUUAUUGCGGCCAACCAUAACCCGCAAGCCCUGCUUCGAGAUUGGAUGGAUCAAGUCUUGAAGUAUAGCCCGCCACUACAACACAAGCUUUUCACCUAUAUCAAGGAUGAAAUGUCGUUAAGCUCAUUCUCGACGAGUGAUCUGUUAAAGGAUCUGCAGAUGGCAUUCCGUGCUCUGCCCGAUAAAGUCUUCUGUAUCGCCGAUGCGCUCGACGAGAUGGACACUGGAAAUGAUACCUUCAUCCAGGCCCUCGGGUCGCUUAGCCAGUGGAGGCCCAUGAAGGUUAAGGUCCUGGUCACGAGUCGACCUAUUCCCAGGCUCGAGAUUCUCAUGCUACAGACGCCAGCGCUCCAAAUCCGACUCGAGGAGCGACUCGUCGAUGUCGACAUCUCGACCUACGUGCAUACCGCGCUGUCAGGAUCACAUAUUCCUUACAGCGAGUGGAGUGUAAUCGUAAAUGCCGUACCUGGCCGGGCCAACGGUCUCUUUCUCUACGCAAAAUUGGCCAUGGAGGCCUUUCUUGAGCCAGGCGUCGACAUUGGGACCGUUUUAGCGAAUCUUCCUGCAGAUCUCAAUCUUCUUUACACCGAUCUAUUACGUGAACAUGCUAGGCGAUCCGGCGUAUCACCGAGCGUGCAGCACCUCCUUCUCCAGUCUGUUACGCAUGCAACAAGGCCGCUACGACUACUCGAACUCGCCGAGAUGUGUAGGGUGAUUGAAUACCCUGGGUUGGGCCAGGAUCUAAGGGCUAUGAAAGAACUUAUUAGGACUGCGUGUGGACCGCUUUUGGAGAUACUACCGGACGAGACGGUGUCCGUCAUUCACCAUUCCUUCACCGAGUACCUCAAUGGCGCUACACGAUCUAAGCACGAUAAUGGCCAUCUAGUGCUGCUACCAGGGCCAUCCCACGCCAAGCUUGCUCUAUCGUGCCUGCAGUAUUUGUUAGUGACUCACUGUCUUGAUGAAGUCGAGAUUACGAUUGAUGAUAGCGACGAGACAGAGGGCUAUAGUGAUGAGCCAUACAAUCAUAAGAAGUCUAAAUGGGUUCCGCACCAUAUAUGCGAGCUACGCAUCAAGUUUCCGUUCUUUAGGUAUGCUACUAGCAACUGGCACGUUCAUAUCCGAAACUCGGAGGCGGUGUGCCAUGCGCAAGAUGAGAUCAAUGAGCUUCUUGAGCAACUCUUUGGCGUGGAUAAGGUCAUAAAGGCAUGGCUCGAGGUGACCUGGCCCGGACGUGUAUCGAAUGCACGAAAGUUUUCAGCCCUACACCUCGCAGGGAGAUAUGGUCUUGUAGCAUAUACAAGGAAGCUCGUUGCGGAUUGGUCUGGCGACAUAGACACAUGCGACAUUACGGGCAAAACACCACUAUGGUGGGCUGCUUCUCAUGGCCAUGCUGCUACGGUGGGCGAAUUAAUAGCCGCGGGCGCGGACCCGGAUCAUCAAGAUGGAUUGAGUGGACGAAAACCACUGCACGAGGCUGCUAGUAAAGGUCAUGACGCAGUUGUAAAGGUCUUGCUGGAGGCUGGCGUUGACCCUUUGACAUCGGUAGGCCUCACCAACCAUGCGAAGGCCGCGGGCUACGCAAACUACGGUAGCGGGGAACUAGCCCUCGCACACGCAUGUGAACACGGGCAUGUAGAGGUGCUUGACGCAUUCUUACCAUACCUUGACCUCGAAGCAAUGCACAGCUGUCUAGCCUGGGCUGCGCGGACGGGGCAGGCCCGAGUCGUCAAACACAUGUUGUCACAGCCAGGUGUGGAGGUUGACACCAUGGUCCGCGGCAGCACUGCUCUGUUCAAGGCUUGCUUAAGUAGGGACCUGAAUACCGUGGAGGCAUUGAUCGGAGCUGGAGCUGACCCAGAGAUGUUGAAUGAACUUUGGGCGGAGCAAUUCGGAUCGGCCACGACAUCCAAGAAGCCGAACGGCUCCCAUGACCAGUUCACUUGUCUUCAUGCUCUCUGCGGCCUGCCCGGUUUCUCGCACUGCUAUGAUGAUUGGAACGAGGAUGACUGCCAUGAGAUAGCCACGCUCCUCAUCAAUGCUGGCGCUGAUGUUCACCGCCAGACUGAGGAUGGAACAACUGGGCUGCAUCAUGUCGUCGAGGUGUCUUACUAUUUGGCCCGGCUUCUCAUGGAGGCGGGAGCGUCGACUGAGGCGGUGGACUCCAAAGGUCGGACACCGCUCUAUUACUCGCGGGUCCCAGCUUGUGUCCCUCUCCUGGUGGAACAGGGCGGCGCCGACGUCAACGUCAGGGACGUAUACGGAGACACGCCCCUUCUCGCGGCCCUGGCAGAGCAUGAUAACGAACUCAAAGUACAGCUGCUCUUAGAGUGUGGGGCGAAUGCUGGCAUCCUCAACUCCGCCGGUGACAGCACCCUUCAUGUCGCACUCGAAAACUACGCGACACCGAGGAUAGUCAAUGCUCUCCUUAAAAACGGUGUUGGGCCAGAUGAACGCAAUCGCCAUGGCCAAACAGCCUUGAUGUGCUCGUUUGAGUCCCAGGAUGCCGAAGAAAUUUGGGCCCUAUUGCUGGCAGCGGGUGCAGACAUCAACGCGCGAGAUCGCGCCGGGCACAGCAUCUUCUGGCAUCGAAUCUCACAAAUGCCAAAGCCGAGAGAUGACGAGGAAAGCCAGCCUCCCGGCGAUUUAUCCUUCCUUCUUGGUCACGGGGCUUCUCCCCACUUGCGAGACUUUAGGGGAAGGACUUGUCUGCAUGAGGCUAUCAAAACGCAACCAAUUGGCUCUGAAAAGGGAACGGACACUCCACGUUUCGACUUCCUGCUGGCAAUCGGUCUUGACCAUACUAUAGUCGAUUACGAUGGCAACUCACUGCUCCAUGAGCUUGCAGCCAGAGAGGCAUCGAAAAAGGCAUAUGGCCGUGAGUGGGUAAAUCCGCUCUGGAAUCGACUUGUCUGCACCCUUGGUCUCGAUGUCAACCAGCAGAACCACCUAGGCCGCACGCCACUUCACGUUCUCUGUGAUGCAUAUCCCGACGAUGCUCAGCAUUAUGACGAUGAUCCUAUGCCCAUUGACUUCAUCAUCGCACAGAUGAAGAACAUCGAUACACCGGAUCAUGCCGGCAUGACAGCUUUGCACCUUGCGUCGGCCCGCACGGAAUAUUGUACUAAGAAACUCUUGAAGGCCGGCGCCAAUCCUCGAGCCAUUACCCAUGAAUACCUUACACCACUGCAUCUGGCUGCUCGCGCACAAGAGAGCAAUAUCGUCGGUAUGCUCGUGCGCUCGCUGCAUAAAUUGUCACGCCAGAAGCCACACACAAACUCGGAGGCCCUUCUCCCGAAUGAGGAUGGCGACAAACGUCGUAUUGACGGCAUCGAUGCGAAAGAUGUAAAUGGGCUUAGUCCGUUCUAUUACGCUGUCCGAAGCGGCAGACCUGAGACCGUCAUGAUCCUUUUCGAAGCAGGGGCGAAUGUGAACGCAGGCGGCAACCUGCUCAAAGCCUGCAGCGAUUUUGAAGAAGAGAACGCAUUUCGCAAGGCGACAUGCCACGUCAAUCAUGAUCCUCUAACGCAGAGGGAAGUCAGGUUAGAUGCCUCAAGCAAACAAGCAGUGUCCUCUUCUAUCAAUUCCCUCGGGCUUGAGUUGUUCACUAGCGACACGGCUAGGCUAGAGGAGAUUGUGACAUUGCUUGUUAACUUUGGUGCUGACCCUUUCGGGCUCGGAUCGAUGGGACAGCCCUAUGCUCGAGGGAUCAUAGGGGACUGUAUAUGGCAUGGCAAGGCGUACACAGCCAGCUGCAUUGUCGAUCGAGUUCCACGUUGCCUUUGGGUCGAGCCCGGCAAGUCAUCCCCUUACACUGCUAUCCUUGCCGUCAGCGCUCCUGCAUACGAUCCUACACUCGCCUCAUCGGAGAGCUUUCUACGGGUUGAGACCGGCGCACAGAACACUUACAUUUUCUUUUUGUUUCUACGUCAAAGACAGUAUCGACUGGUGAAGGAGCUUGCCAAGCGCGGCACGAGGUUUCUCCCGGAUCCUCGCGACAAGUACCAUUUCACGCACUUUGCGGUACUAGUCCAGCACGGUUUCGCCCUGCUAGUCAAGGAAAUUGGUAUUAUUGAGGCGAAACGCGCGCUCGGUCAAGGCGACUGGCACGCCUUUGGCGAUAGUUCCAAAGCAGGGCUGUGGUGCGCCAACCGGCCGGCGAACGAAAUGCAAGCAGAGGGACGAGUCGUGUAUUCCCUCGAGUCAGAUGUGCGAAACAUUCCAAAACCGUUCCUCCUCGAAGCCGUGCAGCGCGACCUUCCCAAUCAUGAGGUCGUUGUGUUGCUCGUCGAGGAGUUCCACGUGGACGUUAACGAGAGGAUUUGGGGUACAGAAUGGACAGGGCACGAUCGUAUACUUGCAUAUAGCGACUCGGCUCUUCAUCACGUUGCACAAGGCUUGCGCUGGUGGCAUGUUCACCAAGCCUUGAAAUAUCUCCUAAAGGUGCCGGGUAUCGACAUUAACCUCCGCGUCAAGGGUGGUCUCACACCUCUACACGUGGCGAUUAGUGGCGGGGAAGUCCUCAAACCUAGACCUCAUUCUUACGAUGCAGUGAAGCUCCUUAUAAAUUCUGGAGCCGACAUUCACGCCCUAACGAAGAGGGGCAAAAGUUGCCUCGGCAUGGCCCACCAUGAUGUCCUGAUGAUCCGCCUACUGAUGAAGCACGGAGCCAUCGUUAUGCCUGAUGACGUCGUAUCGGCAGUCGAGGCUGGUCAGGUCGAUGCACUCCGUGAGCUUUUGCACGCAAGAGAUGACGGAGCAUAUCCCGAUGUAGAUCUAGAUCCAGCAUUGCGCGCAGCGGGCAUGCUGUUCAUCAAACCGCACCCAGAUGAUGGUUUCUGUAGGCCGGAGGUUAACGAUAUCAUUGUUAAUGAGUGCAUUGAGAUCCUGAUCGACCACGGAGCGAACCCCCUUUCUAAUUACCUCUUUGUAGAAGGGGACCUCAGCUCAGGUUCGAGGCCGGUGUCCAUCCUUUUCCAAAAGGGAGCAUCGCCCUUAGACGCGACACCUGAUCAUCGUGAAGCGACUUUAUUGCACGAGCUGAUUUUAACUGUCGGAGGCUUUCAAACGCAACUGUUCCUAGUUCCCGGGCUUGAUGUCAACUACAGGAAUCCACAGGGACUCACUGUUCUGCAUGCUGCAUGCUUGAGAGCAGACUUUAUCGACAAACCGUGUCAUCCCAAGUACUCCACUGCUGACGAACUACAAGGCGAAACUGUUUUCCAGCGCCUGGUAGCACUUGGCGCCGAUCUCACUGCACAAGAUGCCCUUGGCCGAACGAUCUUGAUAUGCCUGCUUAGCCACAGGUGGACUAUCUCAUCGGAGUGGAGGGCAACUAUGAAGGCUAUGAUCCACCUGGCGCCGGAGCUGGUACAUCUUGUCGACUUUCAUGGCGAUACUGCGUUGAUGCAUGCUGUACGUCAGGCCGUGGAAUCAGCGGCUGAAACGGAGCCUAUACAUAGCCUGCUAUUAGCGGGUGCAUCCCCGCUAGCGAUAAACAAGCACGGCGAAGGUGUGCUGCACAUGCUGGCAAAUGAUCUCGGUACGGCGGAGCUUCGCCAAUUACUUAGAGAUCUCGUAAAUCGCGGGGCCGACAUCAACGGACGCAACGUGCUAGGCGAGACGCCACUAUUCAAGUUCGCUCGCCGGUACCCGCAAGGCUCCGGCGAUACGUACGACAGGGACUACAUGAAGCGAGAACUCCGAGGUGUCAAGUACGAGGUGCCGCGAGAGCAGGGGAGUAUAGCACUGCUACAGGAGCUAGGCGCCAACUUCUUCGUCACGGACAAUGCGGGUAGAGGGCUACUGCACGUCGCAGCGGCCGGCGAUGUCGUACGCUUCCAGGAGCUCAUGGACGUGGGCUUAGAUCCGAUGAUGGAGAACAACGUGCAGCAGACGGCGAUUGAUUUGGCAGCGGCUUCCUCGAACAACGCUGUCCUCGAGAUCUUUGAGAAAAAGGCCAGAAAGUAG